AUGUCUCUCGCAGAUGAACUUUUGGCCGAUUUAGAAGAAGCUGCGGAGGAGGGUGAUGUGGACUUCAGAGAUCAUGAUGAUGGAAUUGAGGAAGCAAUGGAGACAACAGACAGUUUAGACUCGGAUUCGAAGUCUGUUAAAAGCGUUGCAAAGCUCAAAGACAGUAAGCAGUUAAAUGACGUUCUUUCUGGGAUCGAAAAAUUCAGUAGUCAACCACGCGAUAAGGUGUUCGGUCCAGUGGAAGUCGACCCAGAAUAUCAGCUGAUUGUGGAAGCGAACAACUUGACAGCGGAAAUCGACAAUGAAGUUAACAUCAUUCAUAAAUAUGUCCGAGAUAUUUACUGCAAACGCUUCCCGGAGUUAGAAUCUCUUGUUCCUCAUCCAUUGGAUUACAUCCGCACUGUUGAACUUCUAGGAAAUGACCUUGAAGCCAUCAAGGUGGACUUGACAGAUGUGUUGCCUCCAGCAACAAAAAUGGUGGUGAGUGUUACUGCUUCAACGACUCAAGGUGAAAAGCUCGAAGAAGAUGAUGUAGAGCGACUCAUGGAAGCCUGUAAAACUGUCACUGAUUUACUGGAGGCCAAGAUUAAUAUAUUUGAAUAUGUCGAGUCGAGAAUGACAUUUAUUGCACCCAAUCUAUCAAUUAUUGUUGGAGCAUCAACUGCUGCCAAGCUCAUGGGUUCAGCUGGUGGGCUUACAAGCUUGUCAAAAAUGCCGGCCUGCAAUGUCUUACUAUUGGGGUCUCAAAAGAAAACUUUGUCAGGAUUUUCUAGUGCAGCAAUCUUGCCUCAUACUGGGCAUAUUUAUUUCAGUGAUUUUAUACAGGUUUGUAUACAUACAUAACAGUUAUUAAAACCUAGCAUUACAUGCAAGGGGAGUGGGUGGGGAGAGGAGGAAGGAGGGCAGUAAAGGAAAACAUUUCCUCAGGGGAAAGUCAGUUUUACAGCCUGCCAUUUGGGCAAGCUGUAGAUAGCAUGUACUAGCCCACAAGUCAUUUCAACUAGCCCCAAAACCCUUUUUGAUUGGCAGGAUUGAUAACAAUCCUUCUGUAAUUUGAAUUUCCCCAAAAAACAGCACUUGCCUGUCAGGCAAGUCAAGAACAAAAAAGACUAGCCCGAUAGCAAAAUCCACUAGCCUAGGGCCAUCGGACACGACUUUCUUUGCACGUUGAUUUCCUUUUCCUCCUUUUUCUCAUUCCUCUAAAUUCUUUGUGGUGGAUGAGUUUCCUUCAUUGUUUCAACAGAACUGCCAGCUAUGUGGGCUAUAUAUAGGCAAACCUCCAUGUAUGGUCACCCCUUGUAAGUGACCAGCUGCCAUAGGCAGCCACCUAUCCAAAACUGUUUUUGAAUUUCCAUUUUCCUUAAUCUCUUCUAAGCGACCACCUCUUACAAUGUCUGAUCUGUGAGUUUGCUGUACAUAGUUGUGUUACUCGAGAGUAUUAAAAAAACUUUUAUAAGCAACAUAGAUUUACAUAAUAUUAUAACCUAAAAUUUGCAUACAGUACUUUCUCUCCAAAAGUAAAUGUGUCUGCACUUCACCCCACUAACCCUUCACAGGAGGUUUGACUUUACUACAAAGUUCACAUGGAAUAUAUGAGCAUGCAUUGGGAUGAAGAAAAGGAAGGUGCAUCAUUCAAGUAUUGGUCUUGACUUGACUCCUGUUUAAUCAGAUGCGUGAUAUCCUAACAAAACUCAGCAUUAAAAGGAGAAAGUCGCUUAAUGUUAGCAUCCUUCUGUCUGUUUGUAUCAUCACUACAAAAACCCUAUGAAUAGAGCUGCUCCCUUCCAACGGGGAUGUUUUGCGAGAGAGAUGUCUGCACCUCAAAAAUUCCAUAGUGCCUUUAUAAAUUCAUCCAGAAUCUGGUCAAGAGCUUGGACUGUUUGUAGUGGUUUUGUUGCACCCUUUCAGCAAUUGUUUAGGCAUGACAGACCAAAAACAUGAGGUCACAAAGUUAAAACGCUGAAUUUACCUAGAAACACUCAAUUCCUAGGGACAUAGUUGCUUUAAAAGAAGCAUUUGAGUAUUGCUGGCCCCGAAAUCACAGCAAAACUCAAAGUCUUAUGACAAUCAACAAGGAGGAACAGAAACUAAAAUAAAUAUACAUCUGGAACCACAUGACUAACAGAUUAAUCAUAUAAUUAAUUAUACAAACCUCAGUAUUACAUGAGUUAAGUCUUAAGCACUGAGUUUUUGAGGUGUACAAUCAUGCAGAUGUCUCUCCCUGUCUGUAUUCAUGGGCUAUAAGACAGUAAGAACAGAAAAUUGAAGCCUCCAGAUAGGAAUAUUAUUAAGAUGGCCAUGAAGAAACAGUAACUUUUAAUACUAUUUUCAGAAGGGACAUUAAUAAUUUGUAUUUCUCUAUGUUUCAGAAUAUGCCUGCUGAUCUGAGAAAGAAAGCAGCAAGAAUUGUUGCAGCGAAAUGUUCACUUGCAGCAAGAGUAGACAGCUUUCAUGAAAAUACUGAUGGAUCUGUGGGGCAGCAACUCCGAGAGAAUAUUGAAGGCAAAUUUGAUAAGUUGAUGGAACCUCCGCCACUGAAGGAAGCUAAGGCACUGCCAAGGCCCGAUGAUGCUCCUCGUAAGAAGAGAGGUGGCCGCAGGGUACGUAAAAUGAAAGAGAAAUUUGCUGUGACAGAGAUGAGGAGACAGGCCAACAGACUGGAGUUUGGGCAGAUUGGUGAAGAUGUGUAUCAGACAGACUUGGGUUUCUCUGUCGGUACGAUGGGAAGGAAGGAGAACACGGGCCGUGUGCGAACUCCUGCUGUUGACAAGAAGACACAGGUUUCCAUCUCCAAACGUCUGCAAGUAAGUACUCUCAAAGCUCUCUUAAUAGAGGCUCUUCCACAGCUCCUUUAACAAGGCCCUAUUUGAUCUCUCCUCACAAAAGUCAUUUUCACAAGCAGCCAACUCCAGUAUUGCAGACACUUUUUUUUUACUUCCUUGGGUUGUCCGCCUAAGGGAGUUUCAAUUAUUGUGUGUGAAUGCCCACACAAUAGGCGCGCAUUGCACUCUAUAUAAGUGCACAAACAAAAUGGAACAAAAAAAACAAAAACAAAAUGACAAUGUUUGAAUAGACGUAAAAAAAAAUUACAAAAUGACAGAUUCAAAAUGUGUGCAGAAGGGAGCAAUGAUCAGCAACACGACAAACACACAAUUAAAAAACUGCCAUUGUAUCAUCCCUAGAUUUAAGCAAGAAGAAAACAGUAGCAAACUCAGACGUUUUUCUCGUUCUACACUCUGCAUUUGGCAUGAGUAUAAAUUUAUAACCUUGAUGUUGGUUAUUGAACUCAUCAUUUUGUGCAUGCAUUUACUUCUUUUUUUUCCCUUACUGAGCGACGGUCUCAUAAAAUAGCCAAAAUCUUGAGGACAACCCUGAAGUGUAUUACAAUUUUCAAUGCGGCUUGGUCUUCCUUCAUAACAUAAGAUUAAUGUCUCUUGUUAUUAGCGGAGUCUUCAGCAGUCCCAGAGUUUGGGAGGACAGACAACAGUGCGACGAGGAGUUUCAGGAACAGCAUCCAGCGUGGCAUUCACCCCUCUGCAGGGAUUGGAGAUUGUCAGCCCUCAAGCAGCAGAACAGAAAGUGGAGAAUGCCAAGUAUUUCUCAAGUACUGCAGGCUUCCUGAAGGUCAAGAAACAAUGA